UUUUAUAACCUAUACAAUUACAAUCGUGUUUUGGCUUGCUUGAUUUGAUUAGGUUAAGUACCUAUAAAAUAACCUGGAAACAUGGGUGGAAUUAAGAAGAAGCGUAAUAAUCGUAAUAAUAAAAAAAAUAAAGUUAAGAAAGCAAACAAAUUGAAAGCAGCAUAUCUCGCUUCAAAGGAAGAUAACAAGAAUGAAGAAGCAGAGAUUGGAAAUGAAGAUGAAACAGAAGAACGGAUCCUUAACAAGCGAUUACAUGAUGAUAAUGAUAGCGAUAAUGAAGAACGUCCUAAAAAGAAGAAAAAAAGAAAUGCUAUAGCAGGCUCACAAGACUCUUCAGGCAAAAAGGGCAAGAAAUCCAUUCGGCAAAUGAAGAGGGAAAGAUACUUGCAACGCCAAGCAGAGGCUGAAUUGGCAGCAAAAGAUCAACUCAAAUCACAGUGUCUUACAUACCUGUCGCAAUGGAAACACGACAAGACAAACUGGAAAUUUAUGAAAGCUAAACAAGUUUGGUUAUACAAGAAUAAAUUUUCAUCAAAUCUUUUACCUGAUGAAUCUUGGCCAUUGUUAGUAGAAUAUUUUGAAUCAGCUCAAGGAAACAUUCGAAACAUGCUUUUAGGAGAUGCCAAUAAAAUUAUAAAACAAAUGGAUGACUGGACUGAAUCACAACAAAAUAAUAGUGAAGAGAAAGAUGCUGAUGAUGGUAAUUUGGUCUCUGAAAUAAAAAAGCCUGAUGAAACUUGUUAUAAAAGAGCUAGAGAUAUAAUACAAUGUUUGCAAUAA